GGACGUUGACAACCGACAUGCAACUCAGUCCCAGACUUGUUCGUUGAUUGGCUAUCCAUGAUCUUAGCCACGCCUCUCUUGGCGAGCUGCGGAGUUGAAAUGAUACCGUGGGAAAGCUUGUCGGUUCAUACGGAUGAACUUCUGUCUCACCUGACACACGCUGAGGAUACGCUCUGAAAUAUUAUCGAAAAAUGAAGAGAAAUCACGAUUUUAGCUCCUCGGACAGUGAGCUCGAUGAGAAUAUCGAAGUGGAGAAGGAGAGUGCUGACGAAAAUGCCGGUGUGAAUUCCCCACUCGGAUCAAUGUCUCCAUCUACAACCUCUCAAGUGCAAGCGAGAAAACGUCGCAGAGGGAUAAUUGAGAAGCGCCGCAGGGACCGGAUAAAUAACAGUCUGUCCGAGCUGCGCAGACUGGUGCCCAGUGCGUUUGAGAAACAGGGCUCUGCUAAACUAGAAAAAGCAGAAAUUUUGCAGAUGACCGUAGAUCAUUUAAAGAUGCUUCAUGCAGCUGGAGGAAAAGGUUACUUUGAUGCUCACGCGCUGGCCAUGGAUUACCGUGGGCUGGGUUUCCGCGAGUGUCUGGCAGAGACGGCGCGUUACCUCAGUAUCAUCGAGGGCCUGGACAACACAGACCCCCUCCGCAUCCGCCUGGUUUCGCACCUGAACAGUUACGCCUCGCAGAGGGAAGCUCAUUCGGGAUUGGGCCACUUGGCAUGGGGCUCUGCAUUCGGGACGCCGCCCGGCCACCUGGCUCACCACCUCCUCCUGCAACAACAGCAGCAGGGGGCACCGCUCCCGCGCAGCACCAGCAGCCCUCCAUCCUCUAAUUCUUCAUCGCCCUCCUCCUCAUCUUCAUCCGCUCCCUCCACAGAGCCGCACGCCCCCAGCAGGCUGACCGGCGCGGUGAUUAGCGAGGCAGGGCAGACGGGACCGCUGAGGGUGCCGCCCAGUACCUCCCUGCCCCCUGGGCUCACACCACCUACAACAUCCAAGCUUUCUCCGCCCCUCCUGACGUCACUUUCGAGCCUGUCAGCGUUUCCCUUCCCGCUGAGCGCAUUUCCUCUGCUGUCCCCUAGUUCGCUGGGCCCCGCGGCUCCCUCCAGCAGCCUGGGGAAGCCCUAUAGGCCUUGGAGCAUGGAAAUAGGGGCCUUCUGAACUGUGCAAAAACAUGAACGCUGUGGACAGACAGUCAGUUAGAAAUGACUUUUCUCUGUAACAUCUGACUAUUUCAAAGAGAUGGACAUAACCGCAGAAUUCCUCUCUGUACAAAGCGAAUACAGAACUGAUGUACUUAUUCGAACGACCCUGUUUUUUGUCCCGUCUCAGGUUGAGCAGAAAUAAGUUCUGGAGAUGGUCGGGUUCUCGCAUAUCAAUUCUGAACAAAUCUAGUUCUUUUGUCCUUCAGUGGAGAAAGGCUAAUAGAGAGAGAGAGAGAGAGAGAGAGAGAGAGAGAGAUGGCUGUUAAUGGAGUUUUACUCUAGCAAGAUUUAAAGGUGCAGUGUGUAAAUUUUAGCGGCAUCUAGUGGUGAGGUUGUGAACUGCAACCAAUGGCUCACUCCACCGCUCAUCCCUCCCUUUCGAAGUAUGUAGAGAAGCUAUGGUGGCCGAUACAGGACAAAUAUGCCGUCGUCUGAGACAGCAGAGAGUAGCUAGUCAAGCAAACACGGCGAAUUUGAUGUAAGGCGACUCGCGGUGGAUGUAGAUAGAAAUAGCUCAUUCUAAGGUAAUAAAAACAUAACGGUUCAUUAUGUAAGGUCUUUAUACACCACUGAAAACAUAGUUGUGUAUAUUAUAUUGCAUUUCUGUCAGUAGAUCCUCCUAAAUAUUACAGACUGGACCUUUAAUUAUAUAAAGAACGAUUUGAUUACGUGAUAUAUAUUUGCAUCCUACAUCUCCUCCAGAUUAAAAGGCAGGAUUUGUCAGAGAAUGAUCUUUUAAAUUUUUUUUUUUUUUUUUUUUUUUUUUUUUUUAUGGGGAAAACCGUUCAGCAUUUCCAUGGAUCUAUGCAAUUAAGUUGAGGUUUUUCAACUUUCCAUCUGCAAAUAUACAAAACCUAUGCAACUGAACCUGUAUUCCUCAGCUGAGUAUACUUUAUUUUUUAUAAAGAUUUUAAGUCAUUCUGGUCAGUGACCUGCAGUGUGUGUUUAUUUGUUUAAAAUGUAAUGAAUUUGUUGUUUGCAGGGAUGGACCACUGGUUCACCUUUUACGGAGACAAUCUAAAUAGACAAUCUCUCAGAACUGCACUAAUUUAAUUGUAGCAAAGGCACUGUUAGGUUUGUUAAUAGCAGAAUUGAGCGCUUAUGGGCACGUUCUCCCUUCAUGCCCCGAAUCAUCUCUCUCUCUCUCACUCUCUUAGUUAACUGUACUUUGGAAAACCAGAUCGUAUUUUUAUGGUAAUAGGGAAUUUGCACUGGCAAAUCAGAUAAGACUAGGGGAAUAGAUUGUACUGGAAGAGAUGAUGUGGUACUGUGCCUGUCCCUCACUAACCUGUGUGACUUUCCUGUAAUAAAAUGAUAUGUGUAGCUAAUAA